AUGGCGCCCAUGCUGGUAGAGCAAAGUCCCCUUAGCAGUGUUCCUGGUGUUCCUAGUGCAGCACUUGCCAUGUCAGUGCCGCUCGUGACCCUCGUGAUGCCGCUGCCCCUCCUGAUACCAGCGUUUCUCCUGAUGCCAGUGACCUUUGUGAUGCCACUGCCGCUCGUGACGCUCUUGAUACCGCUCGUGGAUCGUGACGCUCUUGAUACUAGUGCCGCCAGUGAUGUCGGUGACUUCUGUGACGCCAGUGACGCUCCUGACGUUCCUGAUAUCAGUGCCGCUCGUGACCCUCGUGAUGCCAGUGCCGCCAGUGAUGCCAGUGCCGCCAGUGACGCCAGUGAUCCCAGUGAUGCCAGUGAUCUUUGUGCCGCCAGUGAUCCCAGUGCCGCCAAUGACGCCCCCGAUUCCAGUGACCCCAGCGUUUCAGUGCUAUCAAUCGUUAUUUGCCUACGUCCUAAUUUGGGUAUAGGUCGCAAUUGA